CCUUUGUGCUCAGCCGGACCAAUUUGCAACACCUUCAGAUGUCCUCUUCAAGUCCAUCUACUCCAACUUCUGACCACUCACCCAUCUCGACCACUUCUUAUGGCAUUUUAGCCCAGCCAUUGAAGUCUUGUUGUAUGGAGCCCGCAAAGGAUAGGGUUCAUACUGGAACCGGAUCUCAAGAAUUUGAAGCGAUGAAAUCGCUAAGCGAUUGUGGCAAUUCAUCUUAUAGACCUCUGGCAGAGCCCAGACAAGCUUCGAGUAAGCAUCUCCAGGCAUCCACCUCUUCUUGUACAUCAAUGAAAGAAAGUGAAGUGAGACAGCAUUAUUUGCAAUCGAAUCAAAAGCCAACAUACUCCUCGAAUAGGCGUCCCAAACGGGCUCAUAUUGGGGUUCAGUGUCGGAGAGAUCGCGAACUUAAUAAAUAUGUGGGAUGGAACGAGGGGCGUUCUGUUAGUGCAGGCCCGCAAGCUUCAGGUUUUAAUGCAGCCAACCGUUACUCAACUCUUCAUGGUCCACGUCAUUACAGUAACUUGAUGCGAGUUGAAACUUAUCCCAAUGGGUUUGGCCAAGUGCUUCACUUAUGGCAAGAGGACAUUGAUUCUUUAUCUGAUGAAGAAAAAGAACUAUUGGCCCGUGAAUUUCUAGCCGAAGCAUUUGUCGAGGAAAAAGGUUACGCCAAGUAUUGCUGUGCCAUUGUUCAUGGAGCAGCUAGGGGAAUGCCAGAUUUUCUCGAGUACCUUGGUGAUCAACACGGUUCCUUAACUAUCAAGCAUGGAAUUAUUGGGCAUCCCAGGGAUAUGGAAACAACGACAAUGAGCCAUUAUAGAGAUAGAGUGAGGGAGAAUUAUAAGAGUGGAACUUUCCGGUAUGGUUUCUUGGAUAACAUUUCCUUGGUGGGUACGGUAUCAGAAGAAGCUGGAGGGUUUUUUCCAGACAUUUUGGACAUGUUGGAAGAAAAUCCAUUUCUUAGACUGACCAUGCCCUGGGGAGAGUUAUCGUCUCUUCAUGAUAUGAAUCCUACCAAAAGUAAUGACGGACCAAUUUUGUGGAUUCGACCUGGAGAGCAAAGUAUCCCAACUGGCGAGCUGGGAAAAUCUCCUCUUAAGCGGAAAAGAAAUGCUGGUAUCAAUGAAUUACAGAACCUGAAGUAUCUACCACGCUCGUUGAUCGAAAGAGAAAUAUUAUUUGAAGAUCGAACGCCGGCUCAUGCUGAUCAUGUUGGGUUUGGAUUGGACCGACAAACAACUGCUGCUGUGGGAGUUUUAAAGGCCGUGCACUGUGAUACCACUCCGAUCCUAAACCGGAUCACCAAAGACACGAUCAUUUUUCAAGCUUCAGAUUUUCAUCAGCUUGUGGAGAAACUUCAGUUAGAUUUGCACGAACCCCCCGUUUCGCAGUGCCCUAUUUGGCUGGAUGAUGGCAAAUUAAAUCAUCUGGUUAGAGAAGGAAUAAAAUAUGCAAGAGUACCUUUGGCUGAUAAUGAUAUCUACUUUUUGCCUCGAAAUAUUGUUCAUCAGUUUAGAACUGUUUCAGCAACGACAAGCAUUGCAUGGCAUGUACGAUUGAAUCAGUACCAUAAACUUAAUUUACGUAAAGGGGAGAUGGGAUGUGCUAAUGAAAGUGACAAACCCAAACAAAAUAUUGGAUCUGCAAGCGAAAAAGAAAACAACGACCUUAAAGAUUUCUGUUCAACGGAAAUGGUCGACCAAGCCAUUUCUCAAAACAAUUGCGAUAAAUCCAAAGGGAUUGCAAUGAAAUCAAACUCUGAUCCCGAUUUUGAACGCACGAUAUCCAAAUCCCCCUGCAAGAAAUACGAACUCUCUCACUCCUCCACGAAAGACCAAAACUACAUUGGGACGACGAGGAAACAAUAUUUACAACAAGGCUCCAGUCACAAAAUAAGUUGUACGGCAUCGUUGACGUCUCUAAAGUCGUCUUCACUAAAACGUCCCAAGUCGCACAAUCAACUGCAAACCAAAGCAAAAAUGUCUGAUAAGAAACACAAGAGCCACAUUAGUAGCUCCCAUAAGAAAUACGACAAAGAUAAGGAUAGAGGUUUUAUGCAAUCUGGAAUUAAACGUCGCCGUAAAGAAAAGACAAGAGAUAUCACCACAUCGACAAGAGAUAUCACCACAUCAAUCCCAAAGAAGACACAAUUAUUGACUGUUGAAGAAAAACCAAUAUCAACGUCUCCGAAGCUAAACGGGAUUUCAAACGAAAAAAGUUGUGAAGCCGAAUACCAAGAAGUAAAUUGUGAAAAAGUUGUUGCAUGCGUACCCAUGCCUAAAUCAUUAGAUGAAAAAUGUGGAAAUAGCUACGAUAUUGAUGAACCUAUCAUUGCAAGUUCUGAUGUUGACCAAAAUCCCUUUCUUAAAACACUCACUACCUCCUCGGUCCCUCUCAAUAGUACAACCUCUCAAAAAUCACUUCUUAAAGAUGGAACAUCUCAACUUAACAAUUCGAGAAAACCGUCAACUUUAGACCAACAUGAUAGUGCAAUAUCAAACAGCCGAGGAAAGCAAAAGUAUAAUCCAGUAAAAGAUUCCAACUUACCUUCAGCAGGAACACAUAAUCUCUUAGGGAGCAUCAUGUCCGAUAUGUCAAGUUCUAUGCGGACUAAUCCGAUUGGAAAUCUCUCCACCUCUUCCUCAAUGACGAAGGAGGGAUCAUUAGACUAGAAAACGAUCGUGCAAUUGACAUUUUUCUCCUUUUUCGCAAACUUUCUAGAUGAUGCAGCUAUCCAUCCAUACCAUUGAUCUCUAUCUUACACUGUGUGUUAACCUUGAUUUUGUGUUUGUUUUGAAAAAAACUAAUACCAUGUAGAAAUAAAUGAAACAUUACGAGA